CUCCGACCACCCGACUCGCCGGCCGCCACCUUCCCAUUUACCGCCCCGCCGGCCGCCACCCACCGCUUCCGCCUUCCCAUUUACCGCCCCGCCGCCGCAGCAAGACCACCACAUACCUCUACGACCAAUACAUGCUCCAGAGAUGCCACUUACUCCGACCUGUUUCCUCCCCCCUCCGCCGCCGCCGCCCCAUCCACUCCUCCGCUCCGCCCCAAGCCGACGGCGAGGUCGGCGCCGCGACCGACCCAACUCUACUGGGCCGUCUCACUCGCCUCCUCCUCCUCCACCGCUUCCCCGCCGUCUCCCGCCUCCUCUCCUCCUCCCCGCUCACACACGCCCUCCUCCACGCCGCCCUCCGCCGCGUCCGCCUCGACCCGGACGCCGCCCUCCACCUCUUCCGCCUUGCUCCGUACCGCCCCUCCCUCCUCGCCCACGCCCAGCUCCUUCACAUCCUCGCCCACGCCCGCCGCCUGCCCGCCGCGCGCGCCCUCGUCGCCUCGCUCCUCUCCGCCCGCUCCAGCUCCGCAGCCCCAUCCCUCUUCCCCCACCUCGCCGAGGUGUACAAAGACUUCUCCUUCUCCGCCGCCUCCUUCGACCUGCUCCUCCGAGCCCAUGCAGACGCUGGCCAGCUUACCGACGCCCUCCACGUGUUCGAUGAAAUGGGGAAGUUCGGGUGCCGCCGCACCCUGCGGUCCUGCAACCGCCUGCUCAACCAGUUUGUACAGGCUGGGGAUGUGGGCACCGCGGUGGCUGUGUUUGAGCAGAUGCGGUGUGAUGGUACACUGCCGGACGAGUUCACGGUGGCCAUCAUGGCAAAGGCGUACUGCAGGGAUGGGAGGGUGGCACAAGCAGUGGAUUUCGUGCAGGACACGGAGAGGAUGGGUGUGGAGGUGAACCUUGUGGCAUAUCAUGCGGUUAUGGAUGGGUAUUGUGGAGUAGGACAGGCCGAGGCUGCGAGAAGGAUUUUGCUAUCACUGGAGAGUAAGGGUCUGUCACCGAAUGUUGUGACAUAUACCUUACUUGUAAAGGGUUACUGUAAGGAGGGGAGGGUGGAGGAGGCUGAGAGGGUGGUAAGGGAAAUGAAAGAAAAUGAGAAGAUUGUGGUUGACGAGGUAGCCUAUGGUGUGGUGAUCAAUGGCUAUUGCCAAAGGGGAAGAAUGGAAGAUGCCAACAGGGUAAGAGCUGAGAUGAUUGAUGUCGGACUGCAGGUUAAUUUGUUUGUGUACAACACACUGAUCAAUGGAUAUUGCAAGUUGGGGAGGAUGUUUGAAGUAGAGAAACUUUUACAGGAGAUGGAGGACAGAGGGGUGAGUCUGGAUAAAUACAGUUACAAUACUCUAGUAGAUGGGUAUUGCAGAAAUGGUUCCAUGAACAAGGCAUUUGCAACCUGUGAUAUGAUGGUAAGGAAUGGGUUCGCAGGAACAACACUAACAUAUAACACGCUAUUGAAUGGUUUUUGCUCACGUGGUGCUAUUGAUGAUGCACUCAAAUUGUGGUUCUUGAUGUUGAAGAGAGGAGUAGUGCCUAAUGAAAUUAGCUGUAGCACACUGCUGGAUGGUUUCUUCAAAGCAUGUAAAACCGAGAAGGCCUUGAACCUUUGGAAGGAAACCUUAGCAAGGGGUUUGGGAAGAAACGUGGUUACAGUUAACACAGUUAUCAAUGGGCUGUGUAAGAUUAGGAGGAUGGUUGAAGCAGAGGAGCUAUUUGGUAGGAUGAAGGAAUGGAGAUGUCCUGCUGACAGCUUGACUUACAGAACACUAAUUGAUGGUUACUGUAAAAUAGGUAACCUGGAUAGAGCUACUCAAAUUAGGGUUGACAUGGAACAUUUAGGCUUUGCUCCUUCAGUUGAAAUGUUCAAUUCUUUCAUAACCGGAUUCUUUGUAGCUAGGCAAAGUGGCAAGGUGAAUGAUAUUGUUGUUGAAAUGACUGCAAAGGGUCUUUCUCCUAAUACAGUCACUUAUGGAGCCCUGAUAGCUGGAUGGUGUAAAGAAGGCAAUCUGCAUGAUGCCUACAAUUUGUAUUUUGAAAUGGUCGAGAAAGGUCUGACUCCUAAUCUCUUCAUCUGCAGUGCUUUAGUGAGUUGUUUCUAUAGACAGGGAAAGGUUGAUGAGGCAAAUUUGGUGUUGCAACAACUUGUCGAUACUGACAUGAUUCCAGACUGCAGUGCAAGUACGGUUGAUAUUGGUAAAGUAGCACAUGUCAUUGAAUCUCUUGCUGGUGGAAAUGAUCAGUCUGCAAAAAUUAUGUGGAACAUUGUUAUUUUUGGGCUGUGCAAAUUGGGUAGAGUUUCAGAUGCUAGAAAUUUGUUUGAGGAUCUGAAAGUAAAGGGAUUCGUUCCUGAUAACUACACUUAUUCUAGCCUCAUUCAUGGUUGCUCUGCCUCAGGUUUUAUUGAUGUAGCUUUUGGUUUGAGGGAUGCGAUGUUGGGCGUUGGUCUUACUCCAAAUAUCGUAACAUACAAUUCUCUCAUCUAUGGCCUCUGCAAAUCUGGGAAUGUUCCAAGGGCAGUUAGUCUUUUCAAUAAGUUGCACUCAAAGGGCAUGUCUCCUACUGCUAUCACCUAUAAUAUCCUGAUUGAUGGACAUUGCAAGGAUGGUAAUACAACUGAAGCCUUCAAGUUAAAACAAAAGAUGAUAGAGCAUGGUAUUCAGCCUACUGUAUUCACCUAUUCUAUACUGAUCCAUGGUCUCUGUACUCAAGGGUAUAUGGAAGAAGCAAUCAAGCUUUUGGAUCAAAUGAUUGAGAAUAAUGUGGAUCCAAAUUACGUUACAUAUUGGACACUGAUUCAAGGUUAUGUUCGAUGUGGUAAUAUGAAAGAGAUCUCCAAGCUUUACAAUGAGAUGCAUAUCCGUGGACUUCUGCCUGAAGCCAAUUUUACUGGGCAUGUAAAACAUGCAGAUCCAGUUGUAAUUUGUAAACAGCCAGAAUGUAAAUAUAGUCAGUGCUAACCUUUUGUUUGUGUGUAUAUACUUUUCAUUACUUGGAAGAUGUUGGUCAGUUAUGGUUUA